UCUGUGACGUCACGCGUGACUGUUGCCUGGCACUAAAGCACUGCGAUUUCUUUAGUUUCGCUCCACCCCGACAACUGCCAGCUCGCCUGCCUUUUAUUUCGCCAGAGCUCCCUUUACCUGGCCUUCUUACCACGGACUGGUUUCCAUGGACAGCUUACAUCGCCAGCCUGCUCUCGAUAUCCUUCAAGUCUCCUCUUCACCCGUCCGUUCACUAUCCAGGGACUCGUCGCCAGUCCAUCGCCAGUCCCAGUCGCCCUUUCGAUAUCUUCAUGUCUCCCAGGACAGUGAGCCAGAGCUCAACGAGAAGCGACCGUCUUCUCCUGACCACAGUUCUCCGCAGUCUGCCGUUCCCGCAGGCUCUUCGCAGCCUACACCUAGGCUUAUCUUAACGCGUCCAAGAUCAAUGCGUCACCAUUCAAACAACUACACUCGCCCCCGGGGUCUACGGAUAGCUAAUCUACUGAAGCCUUGGGUUCCAAUCAUCUUAUACGGCAUAACCAGCCUUGCUUUCGUCUUUGCGAUCGCUCUCUAUAAAACAGAAGUGUUUUCAGCUCUGGAUGAAUUGUCGCGGUGGCUACAGGCCGAUGAACAUUAUGGCCACGCCGUUCUUUUCAUUUUGAUAUUUCUAACUACAAUCCGCGCUGUAAUAUCCUACUUUUCUGCUUUAGCAGGCGCCCUCGUUGUCUUCACAGUCUCUCGAUCUCUCCUCAACGAUACCAUCACACGUUGGCUAGACUCAGCUUGUACAAUGAAGCGCGUUGUUCGCGCCAUUGAAAAGCGACCCAAACUCCUUUUCCUUAUUCGCCUCGCACCAUACCCCUACAAUGUCAUGAACUGCCUCCUUGCCGCCGCACCCACGCUUUCCCUCCGUACCUAUACCAUCUGCACUGCACUAUCGCUAUUUAAAGUGAUCAUUCAUACUAGUGUUGGCGCGUCGAUACAUUCGUUUAAGGACUAUCAUGUGACGCCAUCAUCAUAUGCUGAUCAGGGUGCAGAGAAGGAUACCAGUUCGGAUACGGUAGCACACAUGUGGACGUAUCUCGGUAUCGGACUCUGUGUGGCGAUUUUGGUGUAUUUGUCGUAUGUUGCACGCAAAGCAGUCGACGAAGAGUUGGAAGAUGACUUUCCGGCGAUACGGCAAGCGGAUUCGGAAGAGCGAGUUGCUUUCCUAUCUCCAAGAGGCGACGUAGAAGCCGGAUUGACGAUGGACGACAUCGAUGCUGAUGAGAUGGCAGAGUCGCCGUUUAGGACGCAACAGGUAUUAGUUACUUGAACGAUUAAAUGGACUCGUUGUAUAAUUUCGUUUCUGUUUUCGCCUAUGUACUCACUCAUAUCACUUAACUUACGCGUAACAUUACUUGGACCAUACAUAUUACACUCGUUUAUAUUUUUGUUUAGACCAUUCCGUCUUCUGAUGGUGUUACGCCGCGUUGUGGUUGACCUCGCCUUUUUUAUCACUAUGGUUAUAUAGGGAUCUACGGGCAGUUUUUUGAUAGACGGAAUAAAAUUAAAGAGCAUUUUUGUUUGAACUGAGGGCGGGUAUUCACCGCAGACCGCAGAUAGGACCUGGACUGGAUCCGUUCAUUAACA